GUUGCUAAGGGAGGAGUCGACCAGACUAAAAUGAGUCUGCACGGUGCUAGUGGGGGCCACGAGAGAUCAAGAGAUAGAGGAAGGUCAAGUGACAGAUCACGAGAUUCAUCUCAUGAGCGAGCAGAGUCACAGCUUAUUCCUUGUAUUCGAAAUGUGACUUCACCAACACGACAGCACCAUGUUGAACGAGAAAAAGAUCAUAGUUCAUCUCGUCCAAGCAGUCCUCGUCCUCAAAGAGCGUCCCCGAACGGCUCCAUGAGCAGUGCUGGGAGAAGCAGCAGAAACAGCAGUCAGUCGCGCUCAGAUGGUAGCUGUACGACGUCUGGGGAGAUGGUGCUUGUGUGUGAGAACGCAAUAGAAGGCGCGCGGAGCGUGCGGACGUCUGAGCGAGUGACACUGAUAGUAGAUACCACCAGAUUUGUCGUGGACCCGGCCAUUUUCACUGCACAGCCAAACACAAUGUUGGGCAGGAUGUUUAGAUCUGGCCGAGAACAUAAUUUCACACGUCCCAAUGAAAAGGGAGAGUAUGUGGUGGCAGAAGGAAUCGGUUCUACUGUGUUUCGAGCUAUUUUGGAUUACUAUAAGACAGGAAUCAUCCGCUGUCCUGAGGGCGUAUCUGUUCCUGAGCUGAGAGAAGCAUGCGAUUACCUUUGUGUCUCUUUUGAAUACAGUACAAUUAAAUGUAGAGAUCUCAGUGCCCUCAUGCAUGAGUUAUCAAAUGAUGGUGCUCGUAGACAAUUUGAAUUUUAUCUGGAAGAAAUGAUCCUCCCUCUCAUGAUAGCAAGUGCCCAGCGUGGGGAACGAGAGUGCCAUAUAGUGGUGCUCGCAGAUGAUGUGGUUGAUUGGGAUGAGGAGUAUCCACCACAGAUGGGAGAGGAAUAUUCACAGAUUAUUUAUAGCACAAAAUUAUAUAGAUUUUUCAAGUACAUUGAAAACAGAGAUGUGGCCAAAUCAGUUUUGAAGGAGAGGGGUCUUAAGAAGAUUAGAUUGGGAAUAGAAGGCUAUCCUACCUACAAAGAAAAAGUAAAGAAAAGGCCAGCAGGUCGCCCAGAAGUCAUUUACAACUAUGUCCAAAGACCCUUUAUUCGAAUGUCCUGGGAGAAGGAGGAAGGAAAGAGUCGGCAUGUAGACUUUCAGUGUGUAAAGAGUAAAAAAUCUAUCACCAACCUGGCAGCGGCUGCUGCAGACAUUCAGGACCAGCUGGUAGCCAUGCACCCUCCUCCACAGGUGGAUGAGCUGGAUAGCCUCUGCAGCCAGCCUGCCUCGGGCAAUAAUGACCUCGAUCCUGACUCGCAGAAUCCAGUGCUGUGA